CCUCAGACCUCCGCGUCUCUCUUGAUACGAGGCCCGCGCCCCAACUCCUGUCCACAGUGCUGUUCAGGUCGGUCACGAUUCUGUAGACAAUCAUGCAGUCCGCUGCCGCGACCCGUGCCGAUGCUGCCCGCAAGGGCGAGACAGCAGACACGACGCACUCGCCAGUGCGGGUACUGGUUCAAACAUACACGCACCUCGUACCAGGAGAGGCGAGACCUGAUAAGCUGGAAUUUUUAAGAAAAACCAUCGCCAAACGUGUUCUGAAGAUGAGGCACAACAAAAGCACGGCCUACAUGCAUGUUUACGACGAUUUAUUUGCCAUCCCGGGCCGCCAGUGCUUCUUCCUUUACGAUUACGCAUCGACACCCAUUGGCGACGACAUUGUUGACGAUGAAAUCCCGAUAUUAUGGUACCGGUGGUCGGGUGACAAAAUGAUGGCCUUGAAUCAAAAGCCGCCAAAAAGGAUUCGCCGAACGAUAAGGGAAGACUAUCCAUUCAUGAUCCGGGUCCUCAAGCCGAAAUUACACGACCUUGAGCGUCCCGAUAUGUCCAAGGAAGAGUUGAAAAGGCACAGAAUGAAGGAGACGCCCGAGGAGCGAACCAAGCGUCGGCGUGAACUGGAGCAAGCAAAGCUGCGCCGUCUUGACUACUUGUAUGAUCACGAGCUCCAAUGGCUGUCAGAUGAGCCGGAGCACGAAGCUUGGCUACAGGCAAAUGUUGAGCCAAGGGCUUGGUCUUGGUACCAGCGGUUAAAAGCAGAGUGGAUAGAAAUCGGGCGCGUCGAGAGACUGGUUAGUACCGCUCGGAUCGGUGAAUUCCCGUGAUGAAUCACUGGUCAAUAAACGCCAUGCUAUCAUCCAUGAUCUCGACGGUCACUAGAGUAACGUACCAUUGGCAAAGGCACAAGACAAGGCAGAAGAGAGUUAUAGAAUAUGUUCGACUUUUAGAGCAGCGUGGAUUUAUGAGGCAUCGAAACAGGGUACAAUGGUUACCACCAAGCAGUAACAAGCUACCUUUGAUCUAGGUUAUUCAAAAUCGCAUCCAGACA